AUGCUGAUUGAUAUCUGCCUCCGGCCUCUUGGACAAUCAUCUAUGGUCACUCAAAUUUUUGGUGGAAUAUUGCUCGGCCCUUCACUAUUAGGACACAGAGGUUCCAUAGGAAGAUUAUUAUUUCCUCCAAGGGGUGCGGUGACAUUUAUAACAGGAGCAACAUUCGGUCUAAUGUUCUUCUUUUUCGCAAUAGGCGUAAAAGCAGAUCCGAUGAAGAUGAUCCGACCAGGAAGGCAGGCAGCUGUCUUAGGUAUCUCAGCAAUGUUCGUUACAUUGGCGCUUACUUUGCCAUUAGCUUUCAUAUUGAUUCAUUAUGUCCCUAUGGAUGGGACUCUUGCCGAAUCACUACCUUUCAUUGCAGCUUCGCAAUGUCUAACGCCAUUUCCAAACAUCUCGUGCCUACUUACGGAGCUUAAGUUGUCGAACAGUGACUUAGGCCGUAUUGCCAUAUCAGCAUCCAUGUUAUGUGAUAUAAUUGGCAUGACCUUAGUUGUAAUAUUACUUUCAAUAUUACAGGCGAAUUUCAAUCCACUCCAAUCAGCGGUGGGAAUUGUAGCAGCAUUUCUAGUUGUGGUUUUUUUGGUGUAUAUAAUUAAGCCUCUUCUAUUAAGAAUUCUGAGAAGAAUACCACAUGGGAAACCUGUGGGAGAGAACUACAUCAUUGGCACUUUUACAUGUGUUCUUGCAGUUGGAAUAAUCAGUGAGCUAAUUGGCCAGCACUUUGUACUUGGACCAUUGGUCUUAGGUUUGAUGGUGCCCGAAGGGCCACCUUUGGGAACAGCUCUGAUUUCGAAACUUGAUAUCCCGGUAGGAAAGAUAUUCUAUCCGAUAUAUCUCACAACGAGUGGUCUGAAAACAAACAUUUUCACAAUUCACCUUCAAUCAUUGUGGAUUGUGUUUUGUGUAGUUAUGUUUUCUUGCAUAGUCAAGAUUGGAGCAGUAGUAUUGUCGUCUAGAUAUCUGCGUAUAAACUUUCAAGACUCCUUCGUGAUUGGACUCAUGUUGAAUGCAAGAGGCGUUUGCGAGCUGAUUGUUUACAACUUGUGGAAGGAUGGCCUGCUUCUGACAGAUCAAGAGUUCUCCAUUUGUGUUAUAGCGUUGAUUGGAGUUACUGCAAUCAUAACGCCAUUAAUAAAGAUCAUGUAUGAUCCUUCUAAACAACAUGCUCCCCUCAAGAGGAGGACGAUUCAGCAUGCUAAACGGGAUGUUGAGCUCAGAAUAUUGGUUUGCCUCCAAAACCAGGAUAGUGUACCAACCAUCAUAAACCUACUCGAAGCUUCUGAUGCAACGGAAGAAAGCCCAAUUGCGGUCAUAGCAGUCCUACUUGAAGAGGUAGUAGGCCGAGCCAAUCCCUUGCUCGUUGCUCAUCAAUCCACGAGAAUCCUGCUGCCAAACAACUCUAAAUCAAGCCAUAUAAUAAAUGCCUUGCGUCAGUAUGAGCUUUGCAAUGAAAGAUGCGUCACUGUCCAAUCAUUUAGUGCCAUCUCACAUGCGGAAACAAUGCACGAAGACAUCUGUAGAGUAGCACUUGACCAGAAUGCUACAAUUGUGAUUCUACCUUUUCACAAGCACUGGGAAAUUGAUGGCUCUAUUGGGUUACUGAAUCGCUCUAUUCAGACCAUGGACAUCAAAGUCUUGGAAAAGGCCCCAUGUUCUGUUGGCAUUCUCGUUGACAGGGGAACUUUAACAGGAUCAAUGUCUAUUCUCAACACUCAAUCCAUCUAUCGUGUUGCUGUCAUCUACAUUGGCGGUCCAGAUGAUGCAGAGUCGCUCUAUUAUGGCGCGCGAAUGGGGAGACAUAACAAUGUCACUCUAACACUUGUUCGUUAUCUUCUUUUUGGAAGCGACAACGCUAGAGAAAGGAAACAAGAUAACAUUCUCAUAGAGGACGUUCGACAAGCUCACAAUGGAAACCAGAAUUUCAUAUACCAAGAACAGCUUGUGAAAGAUGGGGUAGGCCUAACAGCGUCCCUUAGAGCCUUGGAAAAUAACUACGAUUUAAUGAUAGUUGGAAGGAACCACCAAGCAUCACAAAUCCUAAUGGGGCUUAGUGCAUGGAGUGAGUGCCCGGAACUCGGAGUGGUCGGAGACAUUUUAGCGUCUACAGAUAUUGGAAGCACCGCCUCAGUACUGGUAGUACAACAGCAAAAACUGCCUGGAGGAAAGUUGAAGAGUAGAAUGAUGAAACCAGUGAUAGUUAGUCUAGAAACAGGAGUUGAAGCAUCAGUCCCUGUUGCAGUAACAACACCAGUAUCUAAUGAUGAUACUAAAUGGGAGAUUGCAAUAGAUAGAGAGAGGGAUUAG